AUGAUAGGUGUAGGGAAGACAACUCUCGCAAAAGCAAUUUAUUACAGCAAAGCCGUGGUUGAGCACUUCCCAGUCCGUGUCUGGGUGACAGUAACUGAAAAAGCUGCCAACAAAGCACAAGUUUUGCUGAUGAAAAAGGAUGGGACUAAAGACCAGACAUUGUAUAUCACUCAGGUACGUGAUCACUUGAAAGAGAAGCUAUGCCUUGCUCUAGAUAAUGUCUCAAACACAAGAGACUUUGAUAAAUUACAUGAAAAAUUAUCUGGAUCUGGAAUGGCAAAUGGGAGCAGAAUAGUGCUGACAACACGCUUUAAGAAUGUGGCUUUGCAUGCAGACAGAAGUAGACCCUCACCAAAUUCGACUGCUAACAAAGGAAAAGGGUUUGGAGUUGUUUAA